AUGGAAGCUUUUGAUCUCUCCGCUGCUCCCCCGGAAUUCGCGGUCUGGGCCUCAACAGUCUAUGGUCUCAACGCUUACACUAACAUCAUCUGGCUCUAUGUGUACUAUGGCAUGAUAUACCGAUCCUACAAAGACAAGUCCUUCGCCAUGCCACUCAUUUGUCAGUGCCUCAACAUCGCAUGGGAGAUCACCUUCGGCUUUUUGUUCUCUCUGGACCACUGGUUAGUAAGCUUAACCUUCCAAGUCGCCGUCAUAAGCAACUUUGGCGUUAUCUUCGCAGCAAUCAAAUGGGGAUCCAGGGAGUGGGACCGAUCCCCAAUAAUACAACGCAACUUGCCCUGGAUAUAUGGGGGCGGAAUAUUACUGGCAAUUGCCGGCCAUCUUUGUCUUGCCUCAGAGCUCGGCAUGGUGAAGGCUUGCUUCGCGAACGCAAUCGUAUGUCAGGUCAUACUAAGUGUUGGAUAUGUCAGCCAGCUUUUGGUUCGGGGAGCCACACGCGGAUUCUCCCUCCAAUUAUGGUUUUUCCGAUUCACGGGCUCGUUGACUUUGAUCCCGGAAUUUUACCUUCGAAUCAAGUACUGGCCUGAGGCUUUUGGAUGGUUGGGCGAGCCUUUCAUGCUCUGGUGCUGCUAUCUCUAUCUCGGCUUUGAUCUGGCAUACCCAGUAAUCUUUUGGUACAUACAGCGACAGGAAAAGGAGGAGGCGUUGGUCAAGAAUCUCAAGGAUAGGUAA